AAUUGUCCCUAUUUUGUAUUGCUUGCUGUGUAUUUGAAUUUCAGUACACUGAAGCGAUUCUCGUUGUCGUUAUUCACAUAACAAAUUGUGUAUAUCCAGAAGCACCAUAAAGGCGAAGGUGUCACUCUUACCUGUUACUAAUCUCAACGCUGCUCUGAAUAAACCAUUCACUGUUGCUUGAGAUUGCUGUGUAAGGUUAUAUAUAGUGGUGCAAUGGAAUUCCCUUCACAUGUCAGGAAAAAAUAAAUUGUUUAAUUUUUUUACUGAACAGAUUUCGUUACACCACAACUCUAAUGUAAAAUAUCUAGACUAAGUCAAAGAUGCGAAUCAAUGGGGAAUUCGGUUUUAUUGAGCCUCCAUACGCCCCCUGCAGGAAAACAACUUCAUGUUCCAUAAUUUGGAACAUUUACCGCCCAGAGGGCUCAACCCACUGAUGAGAGCGCGAGCGCAGCGCUUGUUCUUCAUCUUCAUCAGAGCUCGAGCGGAGCGCGCGACACUCACGGAUUUAAAGACGAUGGAUUACAAACUCUGAAUUUAGCUGCCAACAACAAGUGAUCUUGAUAUCUGCUAGUCAUUUUGAACGUCAUAUUCUGACGCACUUUUUCCCCUUACAAAUAUACAUUAACAAUAUCUUAACAUUGAUAUAAGCGCAAUGGUUUUGUUCGUUUACCAUUAACGGCGCAAUAUAGGUUUUAAGUGUGUUACUUUUUUUAUUGCUAAACGCCUUCGAAAACAAUGGACUUAUUAUACCGUAAAGUACUACUUAUGACUCUCCUGACUGUUCAGGUUCGUAGUGACGUUGUGUCACCGUCUAAACAUCCAGGCCUGCAGGUGCUGGCCACAGCUUCACACUACUGGCCUCUGGAUUCAGUGGAAGGGAUCCACGGCCUCUCAGACCAGAUUGGGAACAGAACAGGUCAUGUUAAUGGGACUAAUAUAACUGUCAGAAUCCACAACCACACUGUCCUGACUACCCAUAAUUCUUCCUCUGUGUAUACCAAUGACUCUGCCUACACUAACAUUUCCGCCACUGUAGACAUUGUAGAAGGAAUGGUCAAUAAGGGCAUCUAUCUGAACGGUGAUAACGGGGCCACUUUCCUUCACUUUGGCAACUAUAAAGACUCCUGCAUAAGUGAUCCUGCUUUGUGUGGACCUGCCGGGAUAACUUUCUCCUUCUUCUGGAAAAAUAAUGAAGUAGAUUCUCGUUUUGCGAUUGCAUCCGGAGGUAAAGUCAUCUCAAGCGGUUUCUCUGUCUACUCUAACCCUUACGGAAGAUACGUGGAGUUCUACACAAGAGGAGACUCCAAGACAUGGAAAGCACAAAUUAAUCUUCCAGGGCCCUACUGGACACACGUGCUCUUCACAUGGACCCAAGCGGAGGGGUUAAAGGUCUACAUUAAUGGGACAUUCAGUGUAGGAGACCCCACAGGAAAUGUUUCUCUAAACUACGGCGAUCCCUAUGCUGACUUGGUUAUUGGCACAGGAAACACUGGGAAUUACAACCACUAUGCCACAGGGGCCUUCGAUGAGUUUGUGAUUUGGGAGAGGGCCUUGUCCCCUCAAGAUAUAUUGAUGUACUACAAAGCCGCCAUUGGUGAGAAUGUGAUGUCCAGCUUUCCCACCGAAGUAUCCAUCAGUGUCACUGCUGCAACAGAUACUCAGUUAAAGAGAACCACAGAGAUGCCCCGACCUGCCUCCACAAACCUGACAGAGGAAGUUCAGAGACUUCAGGACCCCAUGCGGUUACAAACGCUAGACCUCCUUCAGUCUCUAUCAUUUAACCUUCCAAACAAGACUAUACCUCAGGAAACAGCCAACAAUCUAACACAGUCUCUACUGAAGAGCGUGGAUGAGGUCAUAACUGCCAGCGACUGGAGAGAAAAUGAUGAGUGGAGUCCAGUGGUCAAUGGGCUGGUGGAAACGGUGGAUAAAGUGAUGGUGCAUAUGGCCUCCAAGCUUCGGUCUGACCCAGAUGCAGAGGCUCCACUGGCCUUAAAGGGCAAGAGCUCCGUAGCGGAUUACUCUCUGAUGAAGAUCCCCUCAGAACUACAAUCUGCAAAGCUACCGGUUCCCAACACAAGGGAAGAGUUACAUCUCAGUACCAGGAGAGGCCCUCACAAUGCAGU